AUUAAUAUUUUAGGGCCCACCGUUAAACUUAUACCGCUUCAUACGAACAACAACGAAAAUUUAGUUGGAAAAACGGUUUAUCUCACUGGCUUUGGUGCAAUAAACGAUAUGAACGUCAUCCCAAAAAGACUGAGAGUAGCUAUAUUACAUGUUGAUAAUUACACUGGAUGUUUCGAUAACCCCCCUCCUAAUAACUCGGAAAUUUGUGCUGCUUCAAGCCUUUCAGAAGGAAAAGCUUGUCGGGGAGACAGUGGAGGUCCACUCGUAUUUCUCAAAAAAAAAAAGUAUUACCAAGUUGGUCUGACUAGUCAUCUAGCCUUAUUACCAAUCUGUAGAUUGAAGUACAACAAUUCUGUACAUACACGAGUUUCAGCGUACAUUUCGUGGAUUUCUAGUGUAACAGGAGUCAAUUUUUUCAGACCCAAAAAGCAAAGAAAUAGUAGUUGAAGUGUGAAUAUUGCAAUUAUUUGAUGUUUUAGUAGUAUAAUGUAGUAUCUUUACUAUUAUAAUACGUAUAAUGUUAUCCUUUAUUAUUAUUUGAGUGAAA